AUGUAUUUUAGAUCAUGUUUUAGGUUAUGGUCUAAAACUGUUAAGCUAGAAGAGGCUGCAAAUAAUCUGGAUAUUGUCGCUUACAUACACGUUGGUGUAUCCUUGGCUUGCUUAGUGGUAGAUCUAACAUUGGGCGUGCACUUUGGAAUGGAUUACACAACAUUAACUGACCAGUUGGCUCUAAAUUCACCCAUUCUGGAGAACUAUCAAACUGACUCGAUACGCGUAGGAGCUUUUCUACUGAUGACACUUUCUCUCAAGGGAUAUAUUGGACAUGCUAUUAACUUGAUUUUGCUUGUUUUACUUAUCAUUCAAGUAGUUAAGUAUCAAAAUGAAUUGAAUGAAAAUGAGCAUCCAAUCCGUAAAUUAGGAGUGGUUAGUGCUUUCGAUCCUCCAAGAAGAUUUGACGAUCCCCGGAAUGCACACCGUAACGAUGUAUUACCGGCUUUCUCAAGAGGGUUGUCGGCAAAUCACACACAUGACGAUUUACCUUAUUAUCACAAUCAAACGCGAGAAAAUCCUUUAUCUUUUGAGGACUCAAAUCCACCAAAAAGAUUAGAAGAUCCGUGGCAGAUGAAUCGUAACGACAACAUGUUUUCGGGUUAUCCUAAACGGUCCCAAGGCGGCCCGCAUGUAAAUCCAGCAUAUGAAGAGGAACCUUCACGACCCUCGCCAAGAGAAAAUUCUUUAUCUGAUUACAACAGCCGGAACGCGAAACGAACGGAUUCAUGGCUGCACAACCAAAUAACUUCUGGACCCGGCUUAGGAUCACGUCCCUUUUCAUACCUCGAGGAACCGAAACGACCUAUACCAGUGAAACCACCUUCAAUGCCUGUGAAUGAACCUCAGUGGCGGCGAGAUGCUUGGCCACCUGCGCCUCCUGUACCAGAUCCAGACUAUAGUCCGCCACCUCGCAGAUUAAAAUCGGCUCUAAAGUCAAAUUAUCCUUAGUAUGAAAAGAGUCUAAUAACAAUAUUAUUGUUUUAAUUUAUUUUGUAAAUUAAAAUUAGACACGGUGUAGCAAAUAAAAAAA